ACUAUUUUAAUGGCAGUGCGUUCAAAAUACAACAACAUGCAUACGGUAUCGCAAAAUUACGGAAGACGGUGAAUCAAGUGACAGGUGUGGUAAUCGCAGUAAAUGUUGUAAAAUGAAACGGCAUGUUUCACCUGAUGCGAUUUCUUAGCGGACUCGUUUUGCUUGUUCUCACGAUACCGCUGGGCAAUGGUGCGAAUAAGACAUAUGAGAUUGACUGCAAUAACCUACGAAUGGGGCAGUACAUCUGCCCUCAUCCCGAUUAUGAUUUCAUAGAUCCAGAAACGCAACAACCGAAGGGUUGCACCAAGGAGAAUAAAGCCAAGGUGUUGUGUCUGGCUGCAGAUGGCCUCAUUUGUACAGAAACACAAAAUAAUACGUUCAAGAAGGACAUUCCUUGUAAAUGGACAAAUGGAUAUUCCUUUGAAACAUCAUUGUUACUCUCUAUAUUUCUUGGUAUGUUCGGAGCUGAUAGAUUUUACCUAGGGUAUCCAGCACUGGGCUUGCUUAAGCUGAGUACUUUAGGAUUCCUCUUUCUCGGCCAAUUCGCCGAUGUAAUACUUAUAGCGACGCAAAUUGUAGGACCUGCAGAUGGUUCUCACUAUGUGAUGCCAUAUUAUGGUGCAGGAAUUCAUAUCAUAACAAGUAAUAACUUUACAUACAGAGUGCCACAAUAUGACUGCUGAAAACGUUCUAAUUGGAAGUUAAAAUGAUAAUUACUCUGAAAAUUGUACAGUCCCUGCUUCUAUCACGAGCAACGAUAUGCAAUCCUAGAAUCGAGUCCUAUUUCAACAUACCUGGAAGCAAAUUGCUGUCUAUGCUAUUUUAAUGAGCAAACAAAAAAAAUCCUCUUGUAGAUAUGUAAUUCAACGAAACAUUGUAUAUACAGAUUUGUUACUGACUUAUUAUCUCUAUUGCCACUAUAGUCGUAUAUAAUAAAUAUUUGUUUUUA